GCUGCGCAACGCGAACUUGACAGCCACAUCAAAAUUCACCAUGGACGUAGAGGGAAAGAUAGGUUCAAAUUUAAGCCAAGCCUUUCUUGCUAUCGACAAACAUGCCCGCUCCCACGACGACCGUCGAUCUCGAGGGGAGGAACCUUAGCCGCAACGGGACGCUCGAUAUUCUCACCGCCCUCGUCCGCCCCACGAAAAAGACAAGCCUUAUCGACGUCCACACCCUCGGCGACGCCGCCUUCACCACCGCAAACGGAGCCGGCAGGACGCUCAAGGGAAUCCUCGAGGAUCCGGACGUCCCAAAGUACUUCUGGGACGUGCGCAACGACGCCAACGCGCUCUGGUCGCACCACCGGGUUCGCCUCGCGGGCGUGACCGACGUGCAGCUGCUCGAGAAUGCCGCGCGGCGGGGCAACAAGACGCGCCUUUGGGGGCUCAGCGCGGCUGUCGAGCGCCACCUGAACCCGCCCCAAGAGCUGCUGAGUCCCUGGCUCCAGAACAAGAAGGAAAUUGCCGGCCUCAUGCGAGCGGGCGAGGACGUCUUCUCGUGCCGGCCCCUGACCGAUAGGAUUGUCUGGUACUGCGCUGGCGACGUCGCGCACCUGCCCGCGCUGCGGGGCCUGUACGCCGGUAGGCUCAACGCCCGGCGGCUGGAGCGGGUGCGCGUCGAGAGCGUCAGGCGCGUCGACGAGGCCUGCGGCCCGGACUACGAGCCGCAGUCCGAGGACAAGACGUUCGGCCCUUGGGGCUCGAGGAAGACUAGGCCGUCCGCCGCGAGACCGAUCGCAAGUAACUGCAUGACCUCAGGGAGAAGCUGCUGCCGUAAGACAGUUACCCUCGGCAUCACUGCCCUCACUUUGCUCGUGGGCGUCUGGAACGUUUGGUAGGGGGCCUGUUGUUAUCGAAAGAACCACAGAGAUACCCCUCGUAGAAUCACGCGUCUAUCACUUACAUCUCCAAAAGAAGAAGUGACCAGGAUACUCCGUUACGGCGCAUCAUGUCGUUCAGGACAGAGCAGAGGCGGCAGCACGACAUGUUUUCGUCCCACGAGAUGGCCUCACUGGGGAGGAGAAUC